GUAUCGAUCAGCAAUACUUUCCCUACUUACAGAAUGCACUGAAAUAGAAAAAUAUCCUUUUAAUAUCAGACAAUCCCAUAUCGACCGGACUAUAACGGCACAGUUCCUUACGUAGCCUAACGUUGAACGGGAUGAACACGGGGUGAACUGUUGCACCAUCUCUAGUCAACAUAACGACCAUAAAACAGCAUCGUUCCAUGUUCAACUUUUUGCUUUUUCUCCAUAACCUCACUUUUUCGAUAUUUUCCCGCGUCUUCUGUUUGUGUGAUUGUUUGCUGAUGUGCCUUUAAUAAAAAAAGUACAAAACGGUGAAAACUCUGUAAUUAUUGAUAUAGGAGCAUUUUCCCGUGAUUUUCAUCUAGACAGUGUAAGCAAAGCGCCUGAAUUUGGUACAAAUGGCAAAACGAGAUUACCAGAAAGACAGAGGUGAGUAAAAUAUUCAGUUGCUGAUUUGAGGUCUGAAAGUACUAAAGGAUGAAAUGAUCUAGCCUACCAAUAAUGCCCCACAUUUUUCCCUAUAUGGAAUGCUAUUAAACAUCAUUCUCCAAAUACUGUAGAUGCUUUUUAAGGACAUUGUCCAUUUUAUAUAAUGUCAACAGCAAUUGCUUAUUUUAAUAUUAAACUUAUAUUGUGGCUCAAUUUUAGAGCAACUGAAGACGUUUCUACUCGAGUACUGCACUCAAGAUGCUUUUGGUAAAAAGACGUUCAAGUAUUCUGAACAACUCUCAAAAAUUGCUCACAGAGAACAGCCUGCCAUGUGGGUGGAAUUGGACGAUGUUAACAAUUUUAGUGAUGAUCUAGCUGAAGCUAUCACCAAAAACACUAGGAGAUAUGUGCAUAUGUUGUCUGAUAUAGUAUUUGAAUUGUUGCCGACCUUUGUAACAACACCAGUGCCUGCAAAGGAUGCUUUAGAUGUUUACAUUCAGCAUCGUUUGAUGAUGGAAAAUAGAAUGAGGCAGCCUAAUGAACAUAAGGAUUCUAGGAACAACUUUCCACCAGAGUUGUUGAGGAGAUAUGAGAUAUAUUUCGAGGACUCUGCAUUGUCUAAAGAUGUCCCAAUUCGCGAAGUAAAAGCAGAACAUAUUGGGCACUUGGUGACAGUAAGAGGAGUGGUCAUAAGAAGCACUGAAGUCAAACCUAUGAUGUGUGUCGCAACUUAUACUUGUGACAGGUGUGGUGCUGAAACAUACCAACCGAUUAAUGCCUUGUCAUUCAUGCCUCAACAAGUUUGUCAAAGUGAAGAUUGCAGAUUAAAUAAGGCAGGAGGCAGACUGUAUUUACAAACUAGGGGCAGCAAGUUUGUUAAAUUCCAAGAGAUCAGGCUACAGGAAAUGAGUGACCAAGUUCCUGUAGGCCAUAUUCCACGUACCUUAACAGUUUACUGUAGAGGGGAGGUAACCAGAAAAGCUUUACCAGGUGACCACGUGGCUGUUACAGGAAUCUUUUUGCCCCUAAUCAAGCAGGGAUUCAAGCAGUUAACUGGAGGUUUGCUCUCCGACACUUUUCUGGAAGCCCAUAAAAUCAAAUCUCUAAACACAGGCGAAGAAGAUGAGUCCGGUUUAUCACGGGAAGAACUUGCAGCUUUGUCUGCAGACGACUUCUACGCCAAACUGGCUUCAUCGAUUGCCCCGGAGAUCUACGGACAUGUGGACGUCAAGAAAGCUUUGUUGUUGUUGCUCGUAGGGGGCGUUGAUAAGCGGCCUGAUAACAAUGGAGGAAUGAAGAUCAGAGGAAAUAUCAACGUUUGCUUGAUGGGAGAUCCUGGAGUGGCCAAGUCCCAGUUGUUGGGGUACAUAUGCAGACUGGCGCCAAGAAGUCAGUAUACGACAGGCAGAGGUUCAUCAGGCGUUGGCCUGACGGCUUCCGUGACCAAAGAUACGAUUACUGGAGAGAUGACCUUGGAAGGGGGCGCGUUGGUAUUGGCCGACCAAGGAGUCUGUUGCAUCGACGAGUUCGACAAAAUGGCUGACGAAGACAGAACAGCGAUUCAUGAAGUUAUGGAACAGCAGACCAUCAGUAUUGCCAAGGCUGGAAUAAUGACCUGCCUGAACGCCCGUGCCUCAAUCCUAGCAGCAGCAAACCCAGCGUACGGUCGAUACAAUCCUCGUCGUACCAUCGAACAAAACAUCCAACUUCCCGCAGCGCUACUUUCCCGUUUCGACCUGCUGUGGCUUAUACAGGACAAGCCGGACAGGGACAACGACCUGAGAUUGGCCAAACACGUGGCUUACGUCCACCAGCACGGCAAGCAACCCAAACAGGAGACUGACGCGUUGGACAUGAGAGUGAUGAGGAGGUACAUAGCGUUGUGCAAGAGGAAACAGCCGACGAUCCCUGUCGAUUUGACGGAUUAUAUUGUCUCCGCGUACGUGGAACUCCGCCGUGAGGCUCGCAACUCUGACGACACGACCUUCACCUCGGCUCGUAACUUGCUCGGUAUUCUUCGGUUAUCUACGGCCCUUGCGAGACUGCGAUUGGCUGAUGGCGUGGAGAAAGAUGACGUCAACGAAGCCAUAAGACUGAUGGAAGCCAGCAAGCAGUCUCUGCACCAAACUGUCGAGAAGAGGGGAUACAGGCCUCCUAAUGUGAACGACAAGAUCUUCGCAAUAAUCCGUGAACUUGCCGACAGCAACAGGGUGGUCAGAAUCUCUGACGCUUUAGAGAAAUGCGCCACCAAAGGCUACAAUCCUGAUCAGGUGGACGCAUGCAUUGAAGAGUAUGAAGAACUGAACGUGUGGCAGGUUAAUCAAACUAGAACCAAACUGACAUUUGUAGCUUAAAGAUUGUAUACGUCAGCUCGGUCACCUUUGUUUUAUGUCACGUGUUUUAUAUAAUAGGUAUAUUAGCUAUUUUUGUAUUGUGUGUGUUUUUAGUACAAUUCAGAAUCUAGAAAUUUGUCUAUGUACCUCUUAAGAUUUAUUUUAAAUUGUUUUAAGGUGUUAUGUAUUGGGAAAGUAUUUGCCAUUGAACAUCACUAAUAAUAUUUUUUAUGUUUUAUCCUUUUAUUUACCAGUCACAUCUGGAAACCAAUACUUUUUUCCAACGAAUAAUAAAAUAUAAAAUGAC